UUCUCUGUGUAUAUCUUGGAUUUCGGUGUAUUUGUACGCUUACGAUUUUUUUUCUUUUAUGUGCUUUUAUCUGACGAGUUUUUUUGCUGAUCUCUUUUCUUUCUUUUUCCUAAUUUCGUUGCUUUUCGUUUUAUGAUUGAUGUUCAAAGUUCGACGCUCGAUGCUGCUUACUUAUGCCUUUUUGCUUAUUUUUUUUCUGUUCUUUGUCGCUUUUUUGAACUGGUUUCGGUUUCGCAAGUGCUUUUUUCUGUUCGCCCUGUUCGCCUUUUUCACGUUUUGACCUCCCUUCUAUCUCUCGUCCCGCCCAUCCAUCCCAUCCUUCCUGCCGAUCCUUCUCUCAUCGCAUCGCAUCGUCCAAACUCAAUGCGUGAUAAAGCACGCUUACACACUCCUUCGCAUUUGAAUCCCCGCUUUAAGCGGCCACUCUCGUUUGCUAUGAAAUGCGCCCAUUGUUUUCGCGCUCACACUCCCUUUUUCUCGAUUUCUAAACUCAUCGAUAUCGGUCUCUGCGUUCGCUUUGGAUGGUCCAGGAUGGGUGACAUUCUCCUUCCUCCGAAUAGAGCGGAUUUCUCCAACAUUUACCCUCCCCACCCUCAUUUCCAACCCGGCUGCUCGUUCAACAAGCUCAUCAAAUGAUGCUUGAUUUAUCUAUUCACCAGCGCAUCUAUCCCGUCAUUACUCUACUUAUGAACCAUGAACAUGGAGUCAUCGCACAUUCAUUAUCUCAUUCAGUAUCUCUCCUGUACCAUCAUCACUAUUACUACCGCUACUACUACUCCCUUUCGGCCAUAAACCUUUUUUCGUGUCCGCUCUUCUUUGUACGAUCGCCCCCCAUUUCUUUUGUACAACCCCCCUCCUCCCCUCUUUGUACAACCAUCCCUUACCCCCCUUCUUUGUACAACGCUCCUCUUCUCU